AUGGAACACCUCAGCAAGAGAGUCUGGAAUCACACUAUCCUGCUGUUCACCUAUGGAGAGUAUCUGGGAGACACAACUAUUGAGCAAUACAUUGAGAGUGAAGGUGAGAACCUCCAGUGGCUUGUUGAGAUGUGCAAGAACAGAUAUCUUGUCAUUGAUCAUGAAAACAUUGUUAAUGGUACACCGGGGGCAAUGUUGGUUGAGAAAAUAGAGGCCAUGUUGGCUGCAAACAAUGGCUGCCAUUUUGAAAUGGAUGAAGAGAGACUAGAGGAGAUUGAAGUGAGGAGAAAACAACAGGAUGAGAAAGCAAACAUAAAAAUGAUGGUGCGGGAAAAGAGAGACACGCUGAGAUCCCAAAUGGGAAACACACACUCACCAGAGCUAAGGAUUGUACUUUUGGGCUCUAAGUACGCUGGGAAGAGUUCAUCAGGAAACAGCAUCCUUGGCCAGCAGGAGUUUGGCACCACAGGGCCUACAGCGAUGUAUAUGAAGAGACGGGGAUGGGCAGCAGUAAGGGUGGUCACCGUGGUCGACACUCCAGGCUGGUGGGCUGACCAUUCCCUGGACCAGUCUGAUGAAGUGACAACACACCAGAUUGUCUUGAGUCUGUCUCUCUGUCCCCCAGGCCCACAUGCCAUUUUGCUGGCCGUACGCUUGACCACAGCUUUCACAGAGGCACGGAGAUCAUCAGUCCAGCAGCACCUAGAGCAGAUCGAUCCUCUGAUAUGGGGUCACAGCAUAGUUCUCUUCACAUGUGGAGACUUCCUCGGAGACGCCACUAUUGAACAGUACAUCGAGAGUGAAGGGGAACCCUUGCAGUGGCUAGUUGAGAAGUGUGGAAACAGAUACCAUGUUUUCAACAAUGACGACAAAGGUGACCGUGCCCAGGUGAUCAAGCUUCUUGAGAAGGUGGAAGAGAUGUUGGCAGGACACAGCCGUAGUUAUUAUCAAAUACAAGACAGAUUAUGUGAUGAAAUGCUGAGGAGGAGGAGAGAGGAGGAGAAUAAGUUAAGAGAAAGGGUGAUUGAAGAACAAAAGCACAAAGACAUGCUUGGGAUGCAUGCAGAAGAUAGUCAUCUCUGGGAACUUCCAGCGAUGGCAAAAAAGGUGAAAAAAAAAGCCCUGGGUCCUAUAAGAUUUUUUAGCAAAAAAAUGAAAGGUCAGAGGAGAGCAGACAGAAAUGACACUGGAAGUAGACAGGUGCUCCACAGUGCACCGGAGGACUCGACAGUGAAAUUGUUUUCACAUUCAGAGAUAAAUCGUUGGGACCCAUUAGACGUGAUCUCACUGAGCAGCAGUUCUGGAUAUGGUGGUUCCAUUGAAUCUUCGAGAAGAUCAUCUAUCGAGAACAUCAGUAUUUGUCGGAGAAGUAGUUUCAGUGCAUCUAUUGAUACUGAUUUGAGAUCUAUAGAGGGAAGCAUGGAGGAUGUGAGUCUCGUGGAUGAAGAGCAAGCCAUCAGUGAUGAUAAGGAUGAUCAGAUUGAGAAUGUGAAAGGGAAUGGCUCUGAGGAUGUGGAUGAGUAUGAGGAUUCAUUGGCCUACUGUGCUAAUGCAGAAACAUACACUAUAUUACCAAACUCCUCUCACUGGGUACUGAUGGAGCCCUCGGUCUCCACGGAGACCGGAUUCCCAGUGUAUAAACACAGCACGCCCUCAGGCAGUUUUGAGUGUGUGGUGUCUGGCUUGCGCUGGGUAUGUGGCAGAGAAGUCACUGUACAAUAUCACUUCACUGACCCUGGUGUCUACAGAGCAGAACUCGCCAUGCUGCAGUAUGUACCCAUUGGUCCAUUGAUGGACAUCAAAGUGCUCUCAGGUGAGCUGUUUGAGGCUCACCUUCCCCAUUUUGCCUGUCUGGACGGGUCAGACUCCUCUCUUAGAGAGGCUGUGAGAGUUCUGCGUGGGGUGGACAGCAGCGUCUCCCUAGAGACCUGUGAGCUGACCCGCUUCCACGCCAAACUCCUCAAGCCCUCCUUCUCACUGAUUGAAGUUCUGGUGAAAAUGGGCGUCCCAAUGAAAACCCAUCUCGAUGUGUUAAUCUAUCGCACCAGAGUGACUCCCUUGACUCUCCUCACAUAUGUUGUCCCACGAGAUGCCUCCAUGAUUCAGGCUGUAGAGGAGGAGAUAUUAGAGAUCCAAGAUGCCAAGAGGAUCAAGAAACAUCGUCCACACAGGUCUAUUUGGAUGAACUCUAAAUUCAGCCUCACCUCGUCCUGUCCUGCUGACGUUUCCCCAUCGAAGAUCACUCUUACAUACAUCCGGCCCCCUGACUUGUUUGAGGUGUUCAUGGAGAAUGUAGAAGACUGUUUUGAGUUAGAGGUCAUCAGUCAAGGGCAGUCCAUUUGGAAAGUGACAAUGCGAAGCGUUGAGUUUGGUGAGACUCGAGGAGUGUCCGGUAAUUCUGGAGAAGUGAUGCACAAGGAGAAAAAGUCUGACAGAGACAGAAAUAACAGAGGAGAAGGGAACAUUUCUUCCAUGUCGAACAAAGAUCGACUGUUUAUGUUUCGGCCUGACCUCAUCAAAAGGAUGUCAGGAGGUCUUCUCAGAGAUGUGUUGGACAGGCUCCAGGCCCAGCCCUGUGUGGUCAGCAGGAGGGAGGCUGAGGAAGUCUUGCAGAGGACCAGUGUGCUGCAGGACCAGGUGACCUUCCUCGUUGACGUGGUGCUUAAAAAAGGGGACGGAGCAUCUGGCAUCCUACUGUCUCUGCUUGAAGAGCUGGACAACUACCUUUACCGAGACCUUGGCCUAUGUGAAGAAGCAACCUAUUUGUAGUGUAUAUACCGUCUAUAGGUGUGAUGCAUUUAUGAUGACAAAGUAAGGGGGAAAAAGCUGAGGGGACAUUUCAACAUCAUGUCAGUCAGAGAGAACCAAGCUGACCUUUAGCAAAGUUAAUCUGUGGGAUCACAUGUUACUUUGAUAAUUACAUGUUAAUAUGGCAUGCAUGUUAUUCAAUGCAUGGGAUCUAUAUCAAUCAUUUCCACUGAUUACUAUUGUGUAGUAGGAUGUUUUGGACACAAGAACAUAUCCAUGCAUAUCCAUUUAAUUAUCUACAUAUCCAUUAGUGUAAAGCCACUUACUGUUCCUCAAACUGUUGCUUAUAGGCGAGGUACUCCGGCAGACGCAUCACUGAAUGUGGUAAAAAUAUAACAUGACCGUGCCCUCCUGGCAGUGUUUUGGUAUCGCUCACACACUUUUGAGUGAAUGAGUGAGGGGACUGCUGUGUUUUUUCUGUAACUGACUGUAG